GACAAAAUGAAUAGCAGCAGCUGUAUUCCACCGGAAAAGAACUUAUUUGAGAAUACAGUACUGCCUAUUCUUUACAUCUUGUUUUUUCCUGUCGGAGUGGUGCUGAAUGUGUGGGGAAUGAAGUCUUUGCUUCGUAAAUGGAAGAAACUUCGGGGCAUCGAUAUCCUGGUCAUUAACCUCGGAGUAGCAGACAUGUUGUAUCUGCUCACUCUCCCCUUUCUGAUGGAUUACUAUCUCAAAGAAAAUAUCUGGAACUUUGGAGAAGCCUUCUGCAAGAUAACAAGAUUUUGCUUCAAAGUGAAUUUAUACUGCAGCAUCGGAUUCCUCACGUGUAUAAGCGUCUACAGGUACCUGGCCAUCGUUUAUCCAUUUGAAGCACUGAGGACAUUAACAGUGACUAACUCUGCAGUAAUCUCAGCCAUGGUAUGGAUUCUGGUGAGUGCUCAGAGUGUUCCAGACAUGUUCUUCCCCAAACAUCCAGAGAACAAGACUAACCAAUGUUAUGAUACAACUGAUUGGGAUGAGGUUAAAGAUUACCUCCCCUACAGCCUCAGCGUGACAUUCAUUGGAUUCUGCAUCCCUUCUGGCAUCAUCGUUGGCUGCUACGGACAUGUGACUCUUGUUGUCUGCCGCUCAAACACUAUAACAAAGGAUGUGAAACAGCGAAUCCUAAAGCUGUUGGUUUUUUUGAUUAUUUAUUUCUCGUUUUGUUUCGCUCCCUAUCAUGUCUUCAGGAACCUCAACCUUUAUUCCAGAGUCCUGAUCUUAGAGGAUAAAUGCCCCCCAUGGAAUUCUGGAGUCUUCAUUGCACAUCAGGCAAGUCGUGGUCUUGUGAGCCUGAACAGCGUUCUCAACCCGCUGGUUUACUUUCAUGUAAAUGAGGAUAUGGGUGAACAAUUCAGGCAGCUGCUGCUCAGAUUUCGACGGAUGUCCAGUCAUUUGUUUCAGUCAAAAUCCAGCUCUGUACCACAGACUAAAGGUACGUUCCCACCGAACACGAGCAACGGAGUGAACAAUGGAGCGACUGAUUCACACGUUACCCCUAUGUAA